UCUCUCGCGAGCAGGUUUGGGAAGCUGAAUUGGUUCACAACUCUCGCAAGUAGCGGUUAUUCUCGCGACUGCGCUCUGCGUCGUGGAACUUCGCUAUCAGCUGUUCUCGCUGGUGUAGGUAAACUGCGUCAUUCGGUGGUGCUAAUCAGGUGGUUCUGUCAGCGCGAAAUGAAGCCGCUUCGUUGGGGAAUUGUUAGUGCCGGAAAUAUUUCGCACGAUUUCACCAAUGCCUUGGCCACCCUGCCCAAGGAGGAUCAUCAGGUGGUUGCCAUCAGUGCCCGCAAGUUGGCGGAUGCGAGCAACUUUGCCAAGCUACACGGAAUUGGAAAGUUUUACGAAGGUUACGAAAGCUUGGCUAAAGAUGCGGAUGUUGAUGUUGUCUACAUUGGAUCCAUCAACCCAACGCAUUAUGACAUUGGGAUUAUGAUGCUGGACCACGGCAAGCAUGUGCUUUGUGAGAAGCCGCUCUGUAUGAACGAAAGCCAAUCGAAGCGUUUGCUUGCUCAUGCGAAGGAGAAAAAACUUUUCAUUAUGGAGGGAAUCUGGUCCAGAUUCUUUCCAGCUUAUGCUUUGCUGAAGGAACGUAUCGAUGCGGGAGCGUUGGGCGAGAUCAAAGAGGUUGACGUAGAAUUCGGGUUCUAUAUGUCGGACGUCGAUCGUUUGCGAUCCAAAGAGCUUGGUGGUGGAACAGUACUUGAUUUGGGCGUUUACACAAUUCAGGCUGCGCUGUGGGCGUUCAAAGCUCCCCCAGAGAAGAUAGUCGCAAUUGGAGAGCUCAACGAGGAAGGUGUCGAUAUGCAAGUAAUAGCUGAACUGCAUUUUCCCGGAGGUGGAAUUGCGAGAAUGAAAACGAGUGCCUUGGAGAAAUUGGAUAAUCAGGCAAUUAUACAGGGUACGAAAGGGACGAUUACGCUUAAUGAUUUCUGGUGUUCUACAUCAUUAACAGAUGUUGACGGUUCCCUGAAAAAUUUUCCUCUCGAAACUGGACCUCACUGCUUCAAUUUUCCGAAUAGUGGAGGACUCCGUUACGAAGCAGAGCACACACGACAGUGUUUAAUUACGGGAAAGAUAGAGUCCGAUAUCGUUCCACAUAGUGAAAGUUUGCUGAUUGCGCAAAUUCAAGAUGAGAUGAGAAAACUAAUCGGUGUUCGGUUCCCAGAAGAUGGAUGUAAGUAAGGUCAAUCAGAAAUCGCUGGCCGCUAUAUCGUAUCCUACUCUUAUAUGAUUACUAGUAUUGUCAUCUUUCCACGUUUAAUCUGAAAUAAAUUAGAAUAAAAAGUUGGAAAAUUU